CUUCUGGCGUGCGAAAUUCCGCCGCUCGCAUGUGUCGGCAUGAAACGGGAGAUAAAACGUCGCCGCGCGGACUCCGCCAUGUAGGUCCCGUCCUUGCCGAGUCGUCGUUGGCAAGAGGGAGAUGGCGAGACAAGAAAGGGCCCGGCGGCUCGAGGAGCUACCGCCGCGCACACUUCGCCCGUCUCGGAACGCUCGGCGCAGCGUUGCGUCGUAAGGGAGUCAAGGUAACCGUUCCCUCCAAUCAAGGAAACUAUCGCCGUCGUGGCUCGCCGUUGAAAAAGCGCCCAACCACGACGACAACGACGUCGAACGAAGUGGCAACAAGGUGUGGGCUAUAGCAGGCAUUGAGUCGUCGCUUUUCGGGGUGGGCACACACAAUUGAGUGCCGCGGCGUCGUACAAGGAUUUCUCUGCAGUUCCGGAAAGACACGGCGAAGAUGCGGUACCUGCUCACCCUGAUCGUCGGCGCGGUUGUGGGCCCGAUCUUGAGCGCCGAUGCAAAGUACCUGCGUGACAAUCCCGACUGCGGGGAUGACGCCAUCGAUGCCUGCGGCACGGAGUUCAUUUCCUUUGGGCACGGACCACGGCUGCCCGAGAACGAAACGCAUCUCGCCGAGAGCUGCAAGCGCCAGCUGAAGGGAAUCGAGUGCGCCAACGAGUACUCGGAGCGCUGUCUUCUGGGCUUCUUUCGAGGCUCGGCCGUCACGGCAUUGACAACGCUGCAAGAGGAGACGGAGCGGAAGUGCGACGCUACGCACCCGGACCACAGGCGCUACCUGAAGAGCGCCCCCUGCCUCAACAAGGCGGGCGACCGGAUCCACAAGUGCGUGCAGAACUUCAGGGAGGAUCUGUACAGGGUGGCGCUCAAGGCGCCGCCCAAGGAGAAGAUACGCUACGCGUGCUGCGAGUACAGCAAGAUGUACAGCUGUAAGCAGGCCAGCCUGAGGGAGAACUGCAACGACCCCAAGGCGAUCCAGUACGUCCGCGAGACGGCCGAGUACGUCCUGCACAACCUGGUCAAGGUCUUCUGCGGCCGAUACGAGAGCGGCUCCGCCGAAUGCGACGCCCUCGACAAGCUGCCGGCGCCCGACUCGAAAGAGGACGCACCCAAGAGCUUCAUCCUGCUACUCAAGUCAUUCGCCGCCGCCGUGCCUUAAAACUUGAACAUCGUCGAUUGUAUCUAUAGCGCGAAGCCGCUGGGAUGGGUGACAGACUGGAGUAUUGCGUUCAAACUGUUCAGUGAUAUUGCAGUCAGAACCCUGCGCGGGUUCGCUAUUUGCAGUUAGUAUGACGUUGAAGGGACAC